CUCAAUGUGACACUAGAAACUGCUCCUGCCCAGUACAAGCAAGAGUUUGUAGAAUUUGUGCGCUUUUGUUUCUUUAUUAGUCAAUUUUUUAACAGGGUAUUAUAAUUCUGGGUUGUAGAGAGGGAAAUUCUCUCUUUCUUUCUCUGUGGUGGGUUAUUUAGGGUCUGAAUUGCAUUGGGUGGAGUAAAGUUUCCAGUUUUCCCUACUUUUUUCGGUGGAGUGAUGGUGAGGAAGCAUGGUUGGCAACUACCAGCGCACACCUUUCAGGUGGUUGCAAUCACUGUAUUUUGCUUAUUAGUUGUUGCAUUUUAUGCUUUCUUUGCUCCUUUCAUCGGAGGCCGCAUUUGGGAGUAUGCUUUGGUUGCUACAUAUUCUCCAGUGGCACUCCUUGUUUUCAUUCUUUAUGUCCGAUCUACAGCAAUUAAUCCUGCAGAUCCAGGCAUUAUGUCUAAAUUUGAUUCUGAAAUAAUAGAUAAUACCAAUACAAAGUGCGGAUUAUCAGCCAAUGAGCUGCCAAGAAAAUUUGAUGAACUCGGGACUGGUGCACAUUCUUCUCCAUCUUCUGCUUCUAGAAGUUCCAUUGCAGCAGCCAACUCUAGUACGAAAAAUUCAGUAGGAGAAGUUGGGAAAACCAAUGCACAAUUGAUGCCCCAAAAUAGAAAAUCAUCUUUUUGUAAUGGCGGAGGAAUCUUCUGUGCUAUGUUUGUAUAUGAAGAUUGCUGCAAGCAGGAUGGAGCAGCUGAACAAGAAGGCACAGCUGAAGAUGCUUUGUUCUGCACAUUGUGCAAUGCUGAGAUGCUUUCCAUGCUACAGGUACGCAAGUUCAGCAAACACUGUCGAAGUUGUGAUAAAUGUGUGGAUGGAUUUGAUCACCAUUGCCGGUGGCUCAACAAUUGUGUCGGACGAAAAAAUUAUGUAACUUUUAUAUCUCUUAUGGCCAUUAGCCUCGUUUGGCUUGUUAUUGAAGUUGGAGUUGGCAUUGCUGUUCUGGUUCGUUGUUUUGUUAAUAAGCACAUGGAGGCUGAAAUAGUUGAUAGACUAGGAAAUGGCUUCUCUCGUGCCCCAUUUGCGACUGUUGUGGCUGUGUGUACAGCUGUUUCAUUGCUGGCUUGUUUACCCUUGGGUGAACUUUUCUUUUUCCACACAAUUCUUAUUAGAAAGGGCAUUACAACCUACGAGUAUGUGGUGGCAAUGAGGGCCAUGAGCGAGGUACCAGCUGGAGCAUCUGUAGAUGAGGAACUGCCAAAUAUGAUCUAUUCUCCAACAGGUUCUGCUACAACCGGCUUUAGUGGUGGGAGUUCUCUGGGCCUGCAGUAUAAGGGAGCAUGGUGCACACCUCCUAGGGUGUUUGUGGAUUAUCAGGAGGAAGUUGCACCUCAAUUAGAACCUGGAAUGGUUCCAUCAACAGUCGAUCCAGAUGCGGCUGGAAACAAGGUAAGUAAGAUGUCCAAAAAGCCUGUUCGGAUCAGUGCCUGGAAGCUUGCAAAGUUAGAUUCCAAUGAGGCCAUGAGAGCAGCAGCAAAAGCCAGGGCAUCCUCAUCUGUACUACGUCCUGUUGACAACCAGCGGUUGCCAGAUUCUGAGCUGAGCUCCAGUGGGAACAUGAGUGUCCGAAGCAGCAUGAGUACUGACACGGGAGGAAAUAAAGACAUAAAAAAUGAAUUGCGAUUGUCUCCUUUGCGAAACUCUUUUGCUCCAAGUCAAGGUAGUCGGGAUGAAUAUGAAACUGGAACUCAGAGUGUAAGUAGCUUCAGCAGUCCAAGCCAAGUCCAUGAGGCCGUUACGCUAAGCCCUCUCCCACAAGCUCAUGGCCUAAGCCAUUUUAGUGCAGCUACUUCAGUACCUGGCUAUGUUCCAGAUUGGUCCCUAGCUUCUAGAGCUGCGUUCCCUAGUAUCAACAUUCCAUUAUCCCAAAUUUCCUCCGGGUUUGAGGAAAAGAUCAUAACAAAAGGUAGUGUUACUGAUCCAUUAUUGCACUCAGCUCCAGCUCCAGUUUCAGCACCAGUUCCAGUUGCAGCCCCAGCAACUUCUCUCCUCACAGACAUUAAACGGACAUCGGUUGUUUGGGAUCAAGAAGCCGGAAGGUACGUGUCAGUUCCUAUGUCAGCUUCAGAAGCUCGGACCAGAUCAUUACUGCAAACAGGAGUAUCGAAUCCUAAUGCAGGAUCAGGUACUAAUGAUAAGAGGCCUGCUAUUCCCCCUAAAGCACCUUCACAACCUGCAGCAAAGCUCCCGGUCCAGCAAUCCGAGAAGCUCAUGUAUACUGGGGAGUCUAUCUUCUUUGGCGGCCCGCUUUUGAGUGUUCCAAAGAGGGACAGUUCUCCAAAUGAGAGGGGCUCAGGACCAAAUGAGAGGAGCUCAGGUUUACAACAGGCCCAAGGUAGGGUGUCCUUGAACUUGAACUUGGCUCGAGAAUCAAGAUUUAGAAUGGAUGGUGCCUCAAACCAGCUUCCUGUGUUCAUUCCUCGGGUUUUUGAGCCAAAUCAUCCAUCUGGGUCUGGUCUGAAAUAGUUCAUGGCUUUGAAGUUUUUCUCUUUCCUUCUUGAAAACGGCAAGAUGAGUUCUAAUGGGAGCUGCAUUUGAUGGUAAGAGUGCUUUAUGAUAAUCACCAACAAUCUUAUUAUCCUUAUCAAUCAUUUGCUUCUGCAUGAAGAGUGACUCCUCCCCCACUAGAAUGAAAAGAAUAAGUGGGGAGUGCGAGGGGGAGAGAGAAUGUGUAUUUUAUCAGGAUGUACGUAACGAUAAUAUCACAUUAUUAUCAUUUUUUUCUACAGUAUUUUCAUGUUUACACUGACUAAUCUCUCGAGUUCAGAUAUUGACCAUGGUAGCUCCAGCGGAGGUUUAAAACACGUUCCUUUUAGGAACAAUGGUGAAUGACUCUGAGAGGGUAUAGGAAGUGUUUGCAUCUUAGAUUUUUGGGUUAUUAGAGGUUUGGUUCAAGCACUAAACUACCACUAAGGGUUAUAUUAUUAUCAGUUGGACAUAGUGAAGUCUAUAUAUUCAAUUUGAUGGUUAUUUAAUGUGAU